UACUGCCUCCCAGGGGAACCUGAGCGACUCGCCGUGGAGUCCAGGCCCCACACCGAGGCCCAGGCCGCCCCCUGCAGAGUCUACGCCUGGCAGAUCCUUUGAACACGGGCAGUGCCUCCGCGGAGAGAGGGGAGCUCUUCCUCCCCGCGUCCUCCAGGCCUUGGCGUCUACCGGCUCCUGACUCCAAUGGUCCUGAGCCCUUAAUGAGGGAGCUGGGAUGGGGUGAAGGUGCAGAAGUAUGGGACCACCUGUGGGGUAAGGACAGGCCCCCGGCACCUAAGGGAAAUACGGGUCCUGGUGCCGGUUGCCAAGCUCAGCCCCCGCGCGGCCGCUCGGCGUCUUCCUUGGGCCAAGCCCGCCCUGUCCUUGCCAAUCCUGCUCCCUGCCGGCCUGCCUCCAGCCACCGCGCACGCGUUCGGUGCCCCCCCAGGACCCUCUCCCUGUGGCCCCCCGCGGCCUGUCUCUCCCAUCAAUCAUCGUCUCCCUCUCUCACCUUUCUGUCAUGUUAGCUUCGGUUGAUUUAACCAGAAAACAACCCCCAGAAUUGAAUUCCAUGGCCCUCCAUCAGCUCAGGGCUGGGAGGGGCUGCGUAAUUGGGGGGGGGGGGAGGGCAACCUGGCCUCCCAGAGUCAGGGAGGAAAACAAGAAAAUCAUAUUGAUUCCCCGAUGACAGCAUCACCCUCCUCCUGCCCGCUGGACACUGGGGAGAUGGGCUCCAGGUCCGCCAGCCGUCCCCAGGACUUCAAAGACAGAGGCUCUGGUUUCCCCCUGAGAAGCCUCUCCUGAGGUCAGGUGCCUAAAGCAUCCCCCUGCCAGUGUACCCUGGAAUCCUGUCCCUUCCCCUGGUCCUCCCAUUUCCAUAGCAGGUACCCGAUGCCCCUGCAGUUACACCCUCUUGUCUGGUUUAUUAGGCCUGAGUUGGAAGUUCUUCUUGCUGUCUGGCUUUGAGUCAUAUUAGUAGAGAAAAGGAAAAAUCAUUUUCCAGAGCUCCAGGAGGAAAGAGAUAUAGUAAGUGCUUACAUGGCCUCAAAGAAAACCCAGGGGGUAAACCAUUCGGAUCAUCACAUACUCGCGACUCAGGGAAAGCAUUCGAUGAGAGGAUUCAGUGGGCCCUGUGAGCAGUCCCGGGGCCUGGGACCCAGAAGGUCCGAGGCCCAGGUUUCAGAGGGGAUGCUCUUCAGGCUUGGGCUCUAUCACAGAAAGUUCCCUGGGAGAAGGACUGAUUAUCUAGGGAAGGGUGGACAGCUGGAAGGACUUCCUGCACUUCAGUGUCCCUUUGCCUCGAACUGAGGACAGGCAGCCUUCUGACCAGUUUCUCUGUUGGCCCCAUGUUUUAGGAGCCCCUGCCCCAGAGGCAGGCUCUGGAUGCUAAGGACCUACUGAGAGACACCCCCUCCCCCCCAGCCCUCCCCGAGCUGGAGGGGGCGCAGGCCAUGGUGCCACUGGCCCCCAAAGGGUUAAUGCUAUUGUCUGAAAAACCACAUCGGCUCCCCUGGGAGCUUGGAGAUCCCGCUCUCAUUUUAAGUAACCCUAACUCGCGUGUGAUGAGCGAGGGCCGCUGGGCGAGGAGCGCAUCAGAAGAAGCAGCCGUCUGAGCCGGAGCCGGGGCCAGCAGCUGCACCAAGGUGGCUGCCCCUCAGUGAGCCGGCUGGAAAGUGAGGAGGCUACUCCAGACAAGCCCCCACAUGCCCUCCAGACCUGCCGGCCUCGCCCCGACUUCGCCCGAGCUGGAAACUCGGAGUCAGGUCACGUAAGCCGGUGCCCAGUGCGCAUGUGGUCCUGCCCGUGCAGGGAUCGUCCAUGCCAGGAGCAACCCCACACCCUGCAUCCCACCCACCCCCCGCCACGCUCCCUGGGCACUCUGCCCUCAGUGACAGUGGGAGCCGGCCUAGAGCACCAGCCUCAGCCCCAUCUGGAAGGCUCUAGGACAGAUCCAUUUCCUCCCCUCCUUGGCCUGCCUCAGGCAAGCUCAUGCCGUGGGAGCUCACUCCCCAGCCUCCUCCCCAGCCUCCUCCCCAUCUCACCGCCAGCCCCUGCCACGCUUCCUGCCGCACUGGGGACAGGCAAGAUCCCAUCUUCUGAGCCCGGGGUUCAGUAACUCAGCAAGUACUUACAGAGCACCUGCUAGUCUGAGGCCUGUGCUGGGCUGACCUCUGGGGAGCCAGUCGUGAACCAGACAGCCGGGGUUCCCAAUGGAGCCGAGCCACCACUCUGAGGGGAAGACAGAUAUUAAACACGUAAAGGCACCAUUGAUAACUUCCUUACCACUUGCAGAUGCUCUUGCCAGUCACUUCUUGGACACCCCCGGUGUGCCAGGCAUGCACCAGGCACGGGAGACCCCCAGCUGAGAAAGCACAAUCCCGGCUCUCCCCAAACUCGCAACCUAAGCCACAGAGCUAUGGGUUCACGCAUCUACUCGAGGUUUACCAGGAGCCAACAAUUCAUUACGUUUUCUCUUGUCUUCACUUGGGAAAAAGUCCAAUCCCACUAAGCCCUGAGCAGAGAGCUCAUUCUGUCUAAAUUCCCCGGCGGGGGCAGGAAAGAGGACCCUCUGCAUUGCUCUCCACCCCUAUAGGUGGCUCCACCCCAAGCCCUGGCCAUGAGGAAGCCCCCAGAGGAGGCCGGGCCGGUCCUCAGUGCGGUGGGGGGAGCUUCCUGCUGGCCGCCCCGGGGCCCUGCCUCGUUCCCCCUUCGCCCCUCGAGUGUCCCUGCUUCUCUUUCCUUCAUUCUUUGCCUCCCACCUCAGCAGUGCCCAUUUCCCGCAAGGCCCAGCCGCGGCCCUCGCUACCCCCCAAGAAGACCAUGCACUGCGGCUGCGUGGCCGAGGGUGCCCCCACCGGCCCAGGCAGCCACUGGAUCUCAGAUCCAGCUGUGGCACUUCAUCCUGGAGCUGCUGCAGAAGGAAGAGUUCCGCCAUGUCAUUGCCUGGCAGCAGGGAGAGUACGGGGAGUUUGUCAUCAAGGAUCCCGACGAGGUGGCCCGCCUCUGGGGUCGCAGGAAGUGCAAACCCCAGAUGAACUACGACAAGCUGAGCCGGGCCCUCAGGUAUUACUACAAUAAGAGGAUCCUGCACAAGACCAAAGGCAAAAGGUUCACGUACAAGUUCAACUUCAGCAGGCUGAUCGUCAUCAACUACCCUCUGUGGGAGGUGCGGGCACCGCCUGCCCCCCACUUGCUGCUGGGGGCCCCCGCCCCCUUCUGGCCAGCCCUGCUGCCCAUGGGCAUGCCCAGUGAGCUCCUGCACAGCCUGCUGCUUGCCCAGUGGGCCAUGGUGGAGCACCUGGCUGGACAGCAGACCCCCCGGGGGCUGCCAGAGGCCGCUGAGGACAAGAUGGGGAGCGGCAGCGGCGCCCCCCGCCUUGGCUCUCUCCCGGCCCCCUUCCAGCCUGGCCCUGGUUGCCUUCUGGGGAGCCCCCGAGACGAGCCGCCCAGUCUCGCCUCCUUCACCCCUCCCCUCCUGCCCUCCCUCCCCUCCUUCACCCCUCCCCUCCUGCCCCCCCUCCCCGCCAGCUGGACCCACCUCUCAGGGCCCUUCCUGCCCCAUGUCCCCCCAGAGUGGCAGUCCCCAGGGACCUCCAAGCCAGACACCCUGCUCCCAGGGCCCGGGGGCCCCCCAGUGACCCGCCCCUUUCCGGGGCUCCCCCUGGUGGCUGGGCUGGGGCAGGGGGCUGGCGAGAGGCUCCGGCUCUUCUCCCUGAGGCCCCAGGGGCUGAAGGUAAAGGCCUGUCCCAUGAUCGGGGCACAGGGACGCCUGGAUCCCAGGGAGGCCUUCUCCUCAGAGAUUCAUAGACCCAAAACUGGGGACAAAAGCCCCGUGUCCCCCCAGCUGGGGAACUUCAAGGCAGUGUGGCCCUUGGAUCCUCCUUAGGUGGGGAGAAGAUGGGAGGAGGGGGUCCCCCAAAUUCCGUCCCUUCUCUUGUCUAUUUCCUUUCUGGCUUUGAGCCUUGCCCAGCCUGGAAACGGGCUUAAGCUGCAGGAGGCUCUGAAGGGGUGGAGAUGGACAAAAGGGGGUAGGGGGCAUUGCAGGGGUGGGGAAGACUGAGGCGGGGGCCCCCUCCCUUCCCACCCAAUUGUUAAUCAGAUUAAGGAGACAGUCUUAAUCUCCACUUUCUUCCAGGGGGCUGAGCACCCCACAGCUGCCCACAUUAGGGAAAAAGUGGGCAUCUGGGGGGGUCAGGAGUCAGUGUGCCCAGAGUGUUGGGCCCAGACCCCUCCUCCAGGCCACGGUCUCAGUCUCUGCCCGGCCCUCCACGCACUUCUCCAUCAGCCCUGGGAGCUCCUGUCCACAGACACUUCCUUCUGUCAUCAUCCCCCCGAGACCAAGGGCCUGGGGCAGGGAGGGACUGGCCUCCUCGGUUCUGUGAUUCUGCCCUGCGGACCGUGAAUAAAAUGCCCUUGGCACACUGCCCUCUUGGCUGACCACCCCUGCUGCAUCCCCACUCCCACCGCCCUGACCUGGUGCGGGGCUAAACGUCACACAAGGUUCUCGUGGGAGGGGGCGCGGGGUGGAGAAAGGAGGCUGCCAUCACACGCGCCCGAAGCGAGAGGCUGAAGGAAGCCGUGGCGAGGAGCUAUCGCAGUCAUGUGGGAGACCAGCAUGUGAAGAGAACCUGAGCACAGAGCAGGACCUUCCCAGAGCCACCCUGAGAUUCCUGCAUGACCCCUGAGCAGAGUCGAAUGGGCUGGGGUGAAGGAGGGCCUUGGCAUGGUCCCCUCCUCUGUCCCCGGGGCCUUAGAAUGACAAGCAGAGCUGAUGGAAGCCUCGGGUGGCUAGGGGAGGGGGACGUGGCAGAGAGGGGCUCCUGCUCACCGAGGGCAAAGCAGGGCAGAAUGUUCCAGGAGCCAAGGGGAGUGAACCAGAUUGCUCUUCUGUCUCUAGGCUGCCAAUGGCAGGUUUAGGACUUGACUCCACUUCCUUUCGAGGAUGCGGAGUGGGGAUCUAAGGGGACACAGAGGGCCCUGGUCCCUCAUCCAGGAGUAGGUGUGUGCUUCCCGCAGGGUGGGGGGCGCACUUUGCCUUCUGCUGCUUCCCUGUCCUUUGUGGCAGAUGUGUGGGGAAGGAGGGGAGGCCCAGAGUAGCCAGGCUCAGGCCCUCACCCCACAGAGAGGCUGAGACGAGCAGGGAGCCCAGCCCCUGGGCUUGCAGGCUGAAUAUAGGCCGGGAGCACCAUCUCCGCCUCCCUCCUUCCCCCAGAUGUCUCCCUCCCAAGAGGUGUCAGGGGCUUCGUGGAACUGCUUCUGGCUAGCUCCCAAAGCUGUAGGCCCAUCGCCAGCCCUGUGGAAAGGAGGACCCCCCAGGCCAGGGCGUCCCCUCACCCUGCCCAGUCUGGGAGACAAAGAGCUAGUGUUGUCCCUCCGGCACAGAGAACUGGC